AUGGGUGGGGCAAAGAAGAAGGCCGCAGUGCCCAUUAAGAAGGAGAGUAAAUACAAGAUCCCCUCACGUUUUGAUUGUCCAUUGUGUGAUGCGAAGAACUCUAUCGCCGUGCGACUCAUUCGCAAUACUGGAUCUGCCAAACUACACUGCCGCUCCUGCCGUGCGGGUGCUGGUAAAGAGUACCCACUCCUCCCACUAGAAAAAGCAGUGGAUGUCUUUUUCCGUUUUCGCGAAGAGUUAAUGCAGCAGGAUCGGGAAUUCCUGCAUGAACAUAAUAUUGAGACGGAUGAUAUGACUACGAAAACAGGUUUGGUCCAACUCAUUCCAAAGGCUGCAGUGCCAGCAGCCGCAGCGGCGGGAUCUCGUGGGGAGAAUACAGCUGGUAGAGUAGAUACCAUGCAACGAAUUGAAUUUGAGGAUGAGGAUGACGGCUCGCAUUUCUUUACACCCGCUGUUGCCGCAGAUGAUGAAGACGAUGGUGACUUUGCUUUUUAA